AUGAAGCUCGAUUUACUGCAUAACAGAAGCAGAUAUUUGGGAGUUAGAGAAAUGGAAGAGAAACAGUGGUACACAUGUUCUUCUGGUGUCACACCACUGAUCCAAUUCCCUAAUUUGUACUUUACGGACAACAUAAUACUUGAAGUACCUGUUCUUAUUCGAUGGAAAUAA